AUGUUAGCUUUCCUUCUGGGGACGUUAUUCGGCGCAGCUCUUGUCCUUUUCAUCAUCCUCAUUUUGGUCGUCGAUCCAUGGGGACCAAAAGUUUCGCCGCCACCGUUCAUCGACCAGUAUCGACCAGUUGAGAUUCCAAAAGAACUCCGCGAUUUCCUGAAGACUGGCGAUGAUGGUCAAGGCAUAUCGCGAUGGGAGUCGUGUCAUUCCAUUUCUGUUUUUCUGCAUAUGUUAUUUCAAGAGCAUAAGGAUACGCGACUACUUAGGAGAUGGUUUCAUAAACGUUUACAAAUCGAACUCAACGACAUCAGCACUCGAUCUGCAGCUGGUCGACUGAUACAGGAGAUACGAAUUCGUGAUUUGUCUCUUGGAACAAAAUUUCCCCGCAUCAAUGCUAUCCGGGUCGAAAAUGUCGAAAUGGCGGAGGACAAGAAUAUAUUCGAGUGGUUAAAAAGUGGUCUGUCAAUAAUGACAGUGAAUUACCUUCUUCAGAAAAUCACCCUUCUCAUCGAUAUGGAUUACACUGGAGGUUUUGAAACGUCCAUAGAUGUCACCACCGUGUUUGGAAAGAAAGCGAACUUGUCGAUUAAGUUAACAAAGCUGGCUGGACUUGUUCGUUUGAUUCUGUCACGAAAGCCUUAUAGUCAUUGGUCGUCUUCGUUUAUUUCGACACCUGAGUUAGGGACUGAAGUCAGUUCUCAGAUCCAGGGACAUCAACUCAAGCGAUUGAUACCCCUUAUAAAAGAAUCCAUACGACGAGCCCUACAGCGAAAGCAUGUUUGGCCAAACUACAAGAUCCGCUAUCGGCCCCUAUUUCCCAACCCAUUCCUUCAGCCAUCUCCUCCACUUAGUGCAUUUGCCCAUAUAAAGAUCGAAGGCGGCCUCGAAGUGACGGUACUGCAAGCUUCUCGUUUGAAAGCCGCUCUACUCGAGAAGGAUCCCAGCUGCUAUGUUGUCUACUGUACUGCUACCUUAGAUCAUCGACCUUUCAUGCAAAGUUCAACUGACUUUGCUCAUUCUUUUAGUGUAAUGUUAACAUUUUCUCGCCAUGAUAUGAAUACUCCUACUGGGCUUAUAUUUGAGAAGUCACCUUCGAAUGCGAACGGAAGUAGACCUGUACGAGUGGCUAUAGUGGAAGAAGGAAGCCUUGCAGAAAAAGCUGCUUUCAAGCCAGGGGAUACGCUCAUUGCUAUCAAUAACGUACCUAUCCGAAGCGAGCGGCAAGUAGUUCGCUUCCUUCAGCAGACCAUUGGCGAUUUAUUAGUACUAGUAGAUCGAAAUCUCGACGACAUUGAUGAUGACGCCUUGAAAGAAGACCCUGUUGAAAGUACGAUAAAUGGAAACAAUGACGACGGUUUUGUUUGUUUGGGAGAAGUUCCUCCUCCACGUCCGACAAUCCCUGAGCGAAGAAGUCUUUCGCCUGGGUCGGAUUCUGUAGCUGUAUCUUAUAAAAUUUGUUUUGCUGCUGUUUAA